CCUUGUCGAAGGAAUAGUCGAAUACCGUCUGUAUCCUAUUUGCUCAGUCAACGAUCAAAGUAGUGCGGGAACGGAAUGGUUACAGAAACUUUUCUGCGAGUGUAUGGAUGUAGUGAGACCCUUAAUUGGGGAGUACUUGUGGCAUUGCGAUCCAUUCGCCCUGGAAAUAGCUCACGAUCACGUUACGCCUCAUCUUGCAGGACGAACAGAAUUUAGAGAUAACUUAGAAGACGAAUGGUUGAUAGUUUAUGUGCUGUUUGAACUCACACGUACAUUGGAAGGGUUGGUGGCCACUGUCAAAGAUUCAGAUGGUCAGUUCUUGCUCAUUGAGGCUGCUCACGUCAUUCCCAAAUGGCUGCAACCGGACACUUCAGAGAAUCGUGUAUUUAUUAGCAACGGAGAGCUUCAUAUAGUCCCCAUUCCGCAGACACCCGCACAAGUAACUGACUUUCCAACAGGUGUACCAUCGCUGCCUGCAGCUUUAGAGCUAGUGAGACGAUCUUCAAGGACUAGAGCUAGCAACAGUAUUCAAACAGCGCUAAAGAAACGGUUGAAUGUUUAUCCAGAACAUGUAAAAGAAUCUAUACAGUUUGCACAUUGUUAUGUGCCCGCUGGGGUUGCACUGGUUUUACACUACAAACCUGAGUUGGUAACUAAUGCUGUCCGAGCAUUUUGUGAACGAGAUCGGCUUGACAUGAAGUCCAUUCGAUAUCAGAAAUUUCAUCCACCAAGACAAUGGAUUGUACCGCAUUGUGUAAAUAUAAGCAACAAGGCUCGUGAUCUUGGUAUGAAGCUGACUGCUGGGUUUGAAAUUCUUUGCUCCAGAAACAAGGGACAUCAAAACAAUCUCUUUGUGACUUCUCAGUGGAAACAAUAUGAAGACUCAUUGAGAGAAAAUGGGUAUUUUAAUGGAGAAAUAAAGGGCUCUAAACAAUACAGUGAGCUAUUGCACCAAGCUAAGACAACAUUUAUAUCAACACUUAGCAACAUGAAAUACACCGAAUACCCUGGAGAAGUGGUUCAUCGUAUUUUGUCAGAUCACACAUUAGAUGAAGCUGUCACACGAGCUGCAAAUGAGAUUCUUGUUCCAGAAAGUGAUGAUGCUUGGCUUAAUGUCAGCUCUGAAGAUCUAAACAAGUUGCUGGAGGAAAGAGCUGGUAUCAAACUGGCAUCCACAGACAGCCAGUAUAGCCGGGACGGUUUAGAUCAACUUGAAGACAUGACUACUGCUUUUAAAUCAUUUGUGGGUAAAGUUUCUGAUAUGGAAGGGGCCGAGUUUCCUGAUUCUUACAAGACCAGACAAGUUUAUUUAGAUGCAGACACAUUUGCAGACACAGUGAGUAAUGUUUUAGAUGAAACCCACAUUGAGUCAGAGUCAGAGGAUGAAAGCGAAAUAGAUGAGGAUGAGAUACAUCUCCUACAGUCUGACUCUAGUGCUGAUGAAAGUGAUGUAGCUGCACAUGACCUCAAGGACUACAUGGCACAGAUGGAUAAAGAACUCAGUGUAACUGAGGUAGGAAAAAGUUUCAAGGAAGCAGAAUGCCACGAUGAGGCAAAGAUGGCCGACGUACUGCCUGUAGAUGUUGAUUUGAAUCUUGUAAAGAACAUUUUGGAAUCAUACGCAUCUCAGGAAGGGCUGGCUGGUCCAGCAUCUAACCUGUUUGGUUCUAUGGGGAUAACAAUUCCAAAUGAUGUAGACUAGAAGAAAUAAGGAGUCACAGUGUCUUGUUCUGAAAUACAUUAGAAGCAGUUGCUGUUUAUUUUGCACAAUUCAAAGGUACUGUACUGCUUAGUUUAAAGAGCUAGUUAGUGUUGAGGGAUAAUUGACGAGUUUUUCAAGAUUGUACGUUAAGUGAAAUCACGGCCCAUAUAUAAAGCAUA